AGAAGAAGAAGAGAGAGCGACCCCUGAUUCAACUCUUAAAUUUUUAACAGGGUUGUGGAACUUUGCAGGCUGUUGCCAUGACUCCAGUGUUUCCUGUUGCAAUGUCCCAUCAGCUAUUCUAUACAAGUGUAACAAAACUGAUUGAAACAUUGGAAGCUUGUCUUGUUACAAGAACAGAAUGACAGCUCACACACGGCUCCCCGACGCGCGAAAACUUUACUAGCCUAUAUGGUGUAGCCUGUGCUUUGCUCUGCAAUGGAGAAUACUGGACACAAUUAGAAGAUUCAUGGCUACAGUUGGAUGUUCUUUGCCUUUUCGCCAAGAUGACACAUACCCAGACAGAGGGCAAAGAGACUUUGCGGAGAAGGGCAAGUACUCCUAUCCCUGCCUCUCAUCAGCCGGGGCCAAGAGGCAGAGACCCGCCAGCCGACCUCCAUCACCCUCCGCUCUGCCAGUCCGCCUCAUACCAUCCCGGAGACAAGUCUUUCCACUGCCGCGCCAAUUGGUCUUCUGAUGACUCAGACGAUGACUCGGAUGGCUCCGGAGCAGAAUGUUUGUACCGCGUUGUUUUGCUAGGAGACCACGGUGUUGGAAAGUCGAGUCUUGCCAAUAUCUUUGCUGGCAUACAGGAGAAGGAUGCUCACGACCAUACAGGAGAGGACACCUAUGAGAAAACCAUGACUGUGGAUGGGGAGGAGACCAUCCUCAUCGUCAUGGACACCUGGGAGAACGAGAAACAGGAGAAGGAUGAGAAGUGGGUCCAGGACUACUGUAUGCAGGUGGGCAACGCCUACGUCAUAGUUUACUCCAUCACGGACCGCACCAGCUUCGAGAGUGCCUCCGAGUUACGCAUCCAGCUGCGGCGCAUACGGCAGGCCGAGAACAUUCCCAUCAUUCUCGUGGGCAACAAAAGUGACCUGGUUCGCUCCAGAGAAGUGGCUGUAGAAGAGGGCCGUGCAUGCGCCGUGGUGUUCGACUGCAAGUUCAUAGAGACAUCCGCUUCGCUCCACCACAACGUUCACGAGCUCUUCGAGGGCAUCGUCCGGCAGAUCCGCCUGCGGCGAGACAGCAAGGAGACCAACGAGCGCCGGCGCUCCGUCUACAAGCGUAAGGAGAGCCUCACCAAGAAGGCCCGCCGCUUCCUGGACCGCCUGGUGGCCAAGAACAACAAGAAGAUGGCGCUGAAGGUUCGUGCCAAGUCUUGCCAUGACCUGGCCGUGCUGUAAUGGCUGCCAUGUGGCGUGCAGCGAGUGGUUCAUGCCGACAGUGGUCGCAGACUCCAACGCUCCACUUUGCCCUAACAAUCACCUUGUGGUAAAGAGGAAGGACAUUGGUUGUUAUUUUCUAUUUAUUUCACCCAUUCGAAGCAAUUGGGGUGAGGAAAUGUGAGGCAAUUGAGACUUUUUUUGUUGCUAUAUCACAGAUUUGCUGAGAAUGAGUUUGCUAAACAUACACCUUAUCAACUGUUUGCCUUACAUCUAAUUCAAUAGAUUCCUAGACCAGUGUAUCCAGACAUAGAUCUGACAUUUGAACUCCUUUUUCUGUCUCAUUUUGAGAAGGUUUUCUAAGAUUAUUGAGGUAUGAAAUAAUAAUUUGAAUUCAAUAUAUGAUGUAUUUUUGCCAUGAGGAAAGCAAUGUCCACAGAGCUACUUUACACAUGUCACUGACUACUUGAUUUCAAGGUUUUGCACUAUGGGAGACAGUCAUGUGUUAGGAGGAAUCAAUGGAGCUUCUUCUACAGCAACAAUGUUUCUCUCUACCAAGAAAGCUCAAGUCUGGUUUGAGACUGUUCUGUCUGUGAGCCCAUCAGUUCACAGCUAAAUAACGUGAAUGCUGAUGUUGUUUGGGAAUCGACACCAUCGUAAACUUUCCAAAAGGAUUAUCCUGUCCUCACCUUCCUUUACAAGCACCUCCUACACUGGAAGGACCAGUGGGGUGUUACAGUAAAACUGUCAUGGACGCUUUUGAAGAGGGUUGGUCUGAUUGACCACUGUCAAGAAACACCUUUGUAUGAUGACAUGGUCCUGAAGAGACCAAAGAAGAAACGUGCUGAGUUCUUCAAUGUGAGUGUGUGUGUCCAGGUUGGACUUGAGAGAGGUAUAAUAAUCACUUUUGUACAAAAUUAUGUUCUGAGUUUGUAAAUACAGUAUGUCAAGGAUUUUUAUGUGGAAAUAAAGGAGUAGGAAAUGUAUUACCACUUUA